UUCACGACACGAUCCGACGCGUUCACGAUGGACUUUGCCCUCGCUGAGAUUCUCGACAAGUUCGUCGACGUCAACCAGCUCCGUUCUCUCCGCCUCGAGGACAUCGUCGACACCUCCCAGCCUGCUCUCUUUGUCUCCCUUGCUGCCAUUGUCUUCAAUCCCACCGCGUGGAACAUCGUCGCUCGCAAUGAGUACGCCAACAAGACGCUCACCCGCCUCUUUGGCAGCGCCCGCAGGGGAUGCUACUUCCUCGCUCUCAUGAUCUUCUCCUUCGGCAUCCUCCGCGACCACCUGUACCAAACAGCCCUCCUCACGCAACCGCGCGUGCCCCUCCUGCGCUCGCCAUACGACACCCAGCUCCCCGCGAUCGCCUUCUCCCUCGGCCAGCUCUUCGUGCUCACCUCCACCUGGGCGCUCGGUGUCACCGGCACGUUCCUCGGCGACUACUUCGGCAUCCUCAUGGACGCGCGCGUCGAAGGGUUCCCGUUCAACGUCCUCCGCGACCCCAUGUACGUCGGCAGCACGCUGUGCUUCGCCGCGACGGCGCUGUGGUACGAGCGUCCUGUGGGCCUGCUGAUUACGUUGUUUGUGUAUGUGGUGUAUGCGAUUGCGCUGAGGUUUGAGGGGCCUUUUACGGACAAGAUCUACGCCUCGCGCGCGGCCACGAAGAAGGAAGAGUAGACGCAGUCUCUGAAAAGGCCGCCUUCAACAGGCGGACGUAGAUGAGAUCUUACAUUGCUGGAUAUAUAUCACAUAGACUACUGCACGAUGAUAAUGUCCGUACAACAUCAUGAUAUCAAUGAUACCGCUAGC